UUCAUAAAGAAAAGCUAAGCAGCCUAAGCUGGCGUUACACAAAUACUUUUUUAGGCCAGCCUUGUUUACAAGCACUUGCAACAGGGAAAACAGAGCACCCCCAUCAUUCCAAGGCAAAAGCAAAAGAAAGAAGAGAGAGAGAGAGAGAGAAAAGCAAAGAGAGAGAGAUCAUAAAGAGAGGAAUUCAAGGAAGAAGAAGGGUUUCUGUGCAGCUCGGAGACCAUGCAGACAGGCGAGCACCCUCAACACUCGCAACAGUUAAUGGUGCAGAACUCAGGAAGUCUCAGUUUCAGCAGCAGUAACUUAUCCAAAGAGGACGAGGAGAUGUCAAGGUCGGCUCUUUCAGCGUUCCGGGCCAAGGAGGAAGAGAUUGAGAGGAAGAAGAUGGAGGUCAGAGAGAAGGUUCAAACCCAGUUGGGCCGUGUUGAAGAAGAAACCAAGCGUUUGGCCACAAUUCGUGAGGAACUUGAAGGACUAGCAGAUCCCAUGAGGAAGGAAGUUGCAGCAGUCCGUAAGAAGAUCGAUACAGUAAACAAAGAAUUAAAGCCAUUAGGGCAUACUUGCCAGAAGAAGGAGAAAGAGUACAAAGAAGCCCUUGAGGCUUUCAAUGACAAGAACAAGGAAAAAGUACAACUUAUAACCAAAUUAAUGGAGCUGGUGGGGGAAAGCGAGAGGUUGAGGAUGAAGAAGCUGGAGGAGCUGAGUAAGAACAUAGAUUCAUUACAAUGAAAUAGCCUUCUGCUAAUAACUGAUUAGAGCAUUUCAUGGAAAGCUGAGCAGAUUUAGGAUGGGAAAUGCCCUACAAACAGGUUUGUAACUAAAUGUCUCUGGAUUUAGCAUAUUCUUCCCUUAUUUUUUUGGGUUUUAUGUUCAACUUUGUAAUCUCUCUCUUUAAGUUUUCUGUAAUUUGUCUUUUCA